UCAUGUAUUAUGGCAGUAUAAUAUCCGAUGUUUUUCACUUAUCAGAAUAUUUGACAUGUACACUUGCGUUAAACAAAUAUAGUAUUUUGGAGGUAGAUACUUCAGAAAUUGACCGGUGUUUUUUAAUUUAAUUUUGUUUCCCUUUGAACGUGUUUGAAUUAUACAAUUUUAUUAUUUGAUUUAGAAAUAUAUAUAUAGUUAUGUUUGGUAUCACUUUCCUUAUAAAAAUGUCAACGAUCCAAGAAAAACCAUAAAAAUUUACAUUUCUCUUCGUGUAGUGAACGUUGAUUUGUUUAUUAAUAGUCAAUUGUGGACAGUAGAUAAGCCGGAGUUGAGCUCCGGCUGAGCAGCCUGAAUAAAUGGUGGGGAUGACGACGCAACACUUUCCGACUGAUAUUUUACAAUUUAAGAAAAACUACUAUACAAUGGCGAAAUUAAUUUUAGUUUUGCAAUUGUUUAUGGUAUGUACGAUUCAUCAUGCAUCGGCCUUUUAUUUGCCGGGACUGGCUCCCGUGAAUUACUGCAAGGCUGGCGAAACUUCAGAAACAUGUAAAUCUGAAAUUAAACUAUACGUGAAUCGUUUGAACACAGAGAAAUAUGUAAUACCAUACGAAUAUCACCAUUUCGAUUUUUGCCCUUCCGAUGAAAGCCAGAGUCCUGUAGAGAAUUUAGGACAAGUUGUUUUUGGGGAACGAAUAAGGCCUUCUCCUUACACGUUAGAGUUUAUGAAAGAUCUCAAAUGUGCGGUGGCGUGUCAGAAGAAAUACAUGGGAGGAGAUAAAGAAUCAGAACAGAAAUUAGAGUUUUUGAAAAAAGGAAUGGCGCUCAAUUAUCAGCAUCACUGGAUAGUUGACAAUAUGCCAGUUACAUGGUGUUAUCAAUUAGAGGAUGAACAACAGUAUUGUAGCACUGGGUUCCCUAUGGGCUGUUUUUCUCAGGAACCAAGAUCUCAACAGGAUACCUGUAGCAUCAAUGGUGCAUAUAAUAAAGCGAAAACUUAUUACCUAUUUAAUCAUGUAGAUCUUACAAUUACAUAUCAUAGUGGUGCUAAUGAGGAAUGGGGAUCUGCGUUUAAGGAAAAUGGUGGACGUAUAAUAUCUGUUAAAGUAGUUCCUCGCAGCAUUAAGCAUGGUAAUAUUCCUGAUUGCGAAAGUAAAAAGCCAUUAGAAAUACCACAUGAUCCGCUUCCUGUUGGAAAAGAGUUGGGUGUUACAUAUACAUACUCUGUAACAUUUGUGGAAACUGAUAACAUCAAAUGGUCGUCUAGAUGGGAUUACAUCUUAGAAUCUAUGCCGCAUACAAAUAUUCAAUGGUUCAGUAUCCUCAAUUCAUUGAUAAUUGUUUUGUUUCUUUCUGGAAUGGUGGCUAUGAUAAUGCUGCGAACAUUGCAUAAAGAUAUUGCACGGUACAAUCAGGCUUGCUUCCAGAUAGAAUCAGGAGAAGAUGCGCAGGAAGAGUUUGGCUGGAAAUUGGUUCACGGUGAUGUAUUUCGACCACCUCGCAAAGGAAUGUUACUUUCGGUUUUACUUGGAUCUGGUGUCCAAGUUUUCUGCAUGACACUUGUUACGCUUGCAUUUGCUUGUUUGGGAUUUUUGUCUCCUGCUAAUAGAGGAGCUUUAAUGACCUGUGCCAUGGUUUUGUAUGUUUGUCUUGGAGUUACCGCUGGCUAUGUAUCUGCCAGGAUAUAUAAAAGUUUUGGUGGUGAAAAAUGGAAAUCAAAUGUACUGCUGACUUCUAUGUUGAGUCCAGGAAUCGUGUUCAGUUUAUUUUUUACAAUGAAUUUGAUAUUUUGGGCAAAUGGAAGUUCAGCCGCAGUACCAUUUAGCACUCUUAUAGCUCUUCUAGCUCUUUGGUUCGGAGUAUCUCUUCCAUUAACAUUUGUUGGAGCUUACAUUGGAUUCAGAAAAAGGCCAUUAGAACAUCCUGUAAGAACUAAUCAGAUUCCCAGACAAAUACCAGAACAGAGUUUUUACACUCAGCCAAUACCUGGAGUAAUAAUGGGCGGAGUUCUACCUUUUGGAUGUAUAUUUAUCCAACUGUUCUUUAUACUUAAUUCCUUGUGGUCAAGUCAGGUGUACUAUAUGUUUGGAUUUCUAUUUCUAGUAUUUUUGAUACUUGUCAUCACAUGUUCAGAAACAACGAUUUUACUCUGUUAUUUUCAUCUUUGCGCAGAGGAUUAUCAUUGGUGGUGGCGCAGUUUCCUUACAUCCGGAUUUACCGCCUUUUAUUUAUUAGUUUACUGUAUACACUUUUUCAUGACUAAAUUAUAUAUAGAGGAUGCUACAUCUACCUUCCUUUAUUUCGGUUACACUUGCAUCAUGGUCUAUCUAUUCUUCCUUUUAACAGGAUCGAUUGGUUUCUUUGCCUGUUUUUGGUUCGUGCGGAAAAUCUACAGUGUCGUAAAAGUUGACUAAUGUGUAAACAAAUGAUAAUCAUCGAAAUAAAAUGAACAUGGUAUGAAAUUAAAUGACAAGGACAAAGAAUAGUUGAUACAAACCUUAAUUCUGUGAGAAAAUAUUAACGUACGAAUAUCAGGUCCUUUAUCUCGAGAAGAGCAAUAAUUUUAAUGUAAUAUGUGGAACACUUAUACUAAUGUAUCAGUGUUCGACAUAUUAUAACAGCCGCUAUAAUUGGUGACCUCUGGAAGAACAUGCAGCAGAUGACAACAAUUCUAUAAUUCGUAACCUUUCUCCUGGAGUGACUUUCAAAGCUCGAACAAUGGAUAUCUGACCUACGGUCGCACAAAUGUUACGAAAAGAUACGGGACAACAUAUCAGGAUACCGUUAAUCACUAGCAAGGGAAUACUCCUCAUUUGGGUGUAAUAUCAACUUCCUCAGAAGUGCUUAGACUCCAACUGUUCUUACGUUGAAGGCACGGAUCUGCUAGGUAACAUUACUGAUCAUUAGCAGACCCUGAAAGAAACACUCUAGCCUCCAUCCUUUCCUCUUUCGUACAGCUCAAUCGUUCUAAUACAAUUAAUGUAUCAAAUACUACUUGUUAUCUAAGCAGAUUGCUGUAAGGCGUAACACUGUGAAUUUAACUUUUUACAAAAUCAUAAUUGACGCUUAAUAAGUUAUAUUAUGAAAUUUAUAAAAACAAGAUUAGCUUUGAUAAUAAACAAAGUCAUUAAUUA